UGGCCUUGUGGUGGGUGAUCAUUUCUCCAGGUGUUAGCGUUGUUGUAACUUACAGCGCCGCAAUGCCUGAACCGACCAAGUCCGCUCCGGCUCCUAAAAAGGGCUCGAAGAAGGCGGUGACCAAGGCGCAGAAGAAGGACGGCAAGAAGCGCAAGCGCAGCCGCAAGGAGAGCUACUCCGUGUACGUGUAUAAGGUGCUGAAGCAGGUCCACCCGGACACCGGCAUCUCGUCCAAGGCCAUGGGCAUCAUGAACUCGUUUGUCAACGACAUCUUCGAGCGCAUCGCGGGCGAGGCGUCGCGCCUGGCGCAUUACAACAAGCGCUCGACCAUCACGUCCCGGGAGAUCCAGACGGCCGUGCGCCUGCUGCUUCCCGGGGAGCUGGCCAAGCACGCCGUGUCCGAGGGCACCAAGGCCGUCACCAAGUACACCAGCUCCAAGUAAACUUGCCAAUCAGGGGAGCGAUAUGAGUGCAAGAAGAACUGAAUGCAAGCAGAAAGUGAAAAUGAGAAUCUGGCUAGAGAAGUUAUGAAGUAUGAUGUCCAAUCUGCCUGAGAUGAUUGAUUAGUCUGUAUAUCCCACACAAAUCCUAUCCAUCUGAUUUACUGCACAUUGAUUUAUCAAAAGGUGAUCAUUACCUGAGUGGAAGAGCAUAAACAAGGUGUUUUAGCUUUUUCAUUGUAUUUAUAUUUGAAUUAAAGAAAUAGAAUUUACUUCUGUUACAGGCCUAAUUACAGGAAUUCACUACUUACUGUGGACUACCUACCUUUGCUGGGGAAAGCCUGAAUGAAAGGAUGGCAAGACAUCUGUAAAUGAGAUGCUAUAAUUAAUAAAAUCUGUGGAUAAUUGGAA